GAGGUUUCUCGGAAGUGGAGCGCAGAUUCGUAUCAGGCAACAGCUAACUGUGGCUAGCUACGUGUGCUAGAAGAGACAGGGACGGGACGGGACACAGGGACAGGCCAGGGUGCACAGCUUAGGGUUCCGUGCAUCACAGCCAUGCAGUAACCAGACGGACACGGUCCUCACAUUUAUCCGAGUUAUUUCCACAGGACACCCCAGUAUGAAAGUCUGCUGUUGCCGUUAGGGAACAAGGACCGAGUGCGUCUUUACCGAGCAAGGUCUGACCAUAUCACUGUGACCUCAGACCUUGUCACGAGUUCUCAAGCUACAUUUGAAGAAAAAUCUGUUUGCAGCAUGAGUACCCACGAGUCCAGCAUGAGCACCCUGUCCCCGGAGAUGCCCGCCAUGUUCGAUGGCAUGAAGUUGGCGGCAGUUGCCACAGUGCUGUACGUGAUGGUGCGCUGCCUGAACCUGAAGAGCCCCACCGCACCACCAGAUCUUACCUUUCUGGACACGCCCCUCAACCGCUUCCUCCUCAAGUCCUGCCCCCAGCUCACCAAAGAGUACAUCCCUCCUCUGCUGUGGGGAAAGAGCGGGCAUCUGCAGACUGCACUGUACGGGAAGCUGGGCCGGGUUAGUUCCCCUCACCCGUGUGGAGUCAGGAAGUACCUCCCUAUGCAAGACGGGGCCACGGCCACCUUUGACCUGUUCGAGCCCCUCGGGGACCACCAGACAGGAGAGGACAUCACCAUGGUGAUAUGCCCUGGGAUUGGAAACCACAGUGAGAAGCAUUACAUCCGAACAUUUGUGGAUCAUUCCCAGAAAGAGGGCUACCGUUGUGCUGUGCUCAACCACCUGGGGGCUCUGCCCAAUAUCGAGCUGACGUCUCCGCGCAUGUUCACGUACGGUUGCACGUGGGAGUUCUCAGCCAUGGUGGGCUACAUAAAGCGGGCCUACCCUCACACCAAGCUCAUCGUGGUGGGCUUCAGUCUGGGUGGGAACAUUGUGUGCAAGUUCCUGGGAGAGAGCCAGACCAAUCAGGAGCAAGUCAUGUGUUGUGUCAGUGUGUGCCAAGGCUACAGUGCCCUCAGGGCUCAAGAAACCUUCCUGCAGUGGGACCACUUCAGACGAUUCUAUAACUUCCUCAUGGCCGACAACAUGAAGAAGAUCAUCCUCUCACACAGGCACAGUCUGUUCGGUGGCGCCUCACUCAAGCCCAUAGAAGCAGACCUCAGCCGCCUGUACACAGCCACCUCCCUCAUGCAGAUCGAUGACAACAUCAUGAGGAAGUUCCAUGGCCACCGUUCUCUCAAAGAGUAUUAUGAGAAGGAGAGCUGCGUGCACUAUAUCCACAAUGUAAAUGUUCCUCUGCUGCUCUUGAACUCUACAGACGACCCUCUGGUGCACGACUCUCUGCUCAACAUCCCUCGCACUCUGGCAGCCAAGAAGCCCAAUGUCAUAUUUGCGCUGACACUCCAUGGCGGCCAUCUUGGUUUCUUCGAGGGCGCCGUGCUCUUCCCACAGCCGCUCACCUGGAUGGACAAGGUUAUCGUGGGCUAUGCUAAUGCCAUCAGCCAGUGGGAAAAGCAGAAAGUGCAGUGCCAAAGCAGCCCACAGAGCCAGGAGGAGGCAUGCCUGGAGCAGAAAGCAUAGAGAGCCCACCAGAGGAACCAAACCUGAACAACUGCGCUCUUCUGGUGCUGCCCUCUCCUGGCCCACUCAUGCCUUUACACUUCACAAUAUACAAACUAUAACUAAAGCCAGUUUGAACAAGUCUGCUAAUGGAGACUUUCAUAUGCUGAGGGGUGAAUUCAAACUUCUUUUUUUAAGAGCACAAGAUCCUCCAGGAGAAGUGAAGAAAGUGCUAUCUGCUGAGGCCCUAUCUUCUGGCUGUCGCCUGCUGUCUUCUACAUGGCAAAAAAUGAAUUUCUUGCAGUUAAAAUGAUGAAUUCUGCAUAUAAAAUUUUAUUUAUUAGUAUUGACUAGUUAUGGUUAUAGAUUAGGGUCGGGAUUUUUAUGAUGUGAAAUUUUUUAAUACAUUUCAAGACACAUUUAUUUACCAGUGGGGUCAGAAAAUUGUUCCAGAUUUAUGUAACCUUUUCAAGCUAAAUUACUUUGAAAUCUGUCAGAAAUAUCCUGAAACAAGUUAAAGACACUGUUCCUGUCUUUAAAAUGAACUAGUUCUGUUUUUCACGUUUGCAGUAGUCCAACGUUAUUCCAAUAUAUCUGUUAUGGACCAAGACAUAUUUUGCUCAAAUACAUGGAGAAAAUCUGGUGCAAGGCUUUUAAAUGUUACAUCAUACACACAGUUAAAUGUCACCUAAUCAAAUAACUCAAACCCAGAUUCAAAUUUUGAAUUCAAGCUAUUUAAAUUAAAAGAAGAUUUUCAUUUUUGCCAUGUCUUCUUCUGAAAGUGUGACUUAGUGGAGCUAUGCAUGUUCUGGCCUUGUGUUGUUUAGGUUCCCUCAGUGCAGUCUGUGGUUUUUACAGUAGUACACAUGCAGUAGUGCAGUAAUGCUUUUCCAUGUACUGAAGGCCUGUUGUGAAAUGGCUGUACUUUAAAUGGUGUGAACCUUUAGCCAGGGCUGAGCCAGACCACAUUCCCAUGGGCUUUCUCAGUGCACUUUACACUUGUCUUGGGCAUCAGUACAGAUGGGAGAUUAUCAGAGGAUUGUAGGAGAAGGAGAGUGUAGGAGUAUAUGUUCUAUAGAGGUGACAUCGCACCAUUUGGAGUCUUAGCUUUGAGUGGGAUGGCUUUUUCUCCUGAAAGAGCUCAAAACACAUCUACAGUGUGACAGAGUUGCUAAAACUACAACUCUGCUUAAUAUUUGGCUUGUACCUGGCAUAUACCACGACAUAACUGGGUUUCUACCACUGUUUACUUUAGUAACAGUUAGCUAAACAGUAACUGCAGGAUAUGCUCACAUUUAUUACUGAUACAGACUUAGGGAUCAGACACAGUUGAACUGAACCUUUCUCUCCUUGAUGUUUCUGAGUUCAUGUGUUAUGGAAAUUGUUGUAGGGCAAGUUGAAGUGUAUUUUAUCUUAACAUGCCAUAUCACUCAGUUUUGUCGGAAAAUGCAUCAGAACAAGACUGUCAGUGCAUAACCUCUAUGAAGCUGAGGGAGAGUGUCUUCAUUGACCUCUGUACUUUGUAGUGGGCUCUGUGAUUAGCUGAACAUCUGGUCCACCAUUUGACACUUUGAGCUAAUGUUUGAAGAAUCCUUUUUCAUAGUUUUACAUCACACUUUUUGGUCCAGAUGAUUUGCUGUUCAGAUUAUUCACAACAUUAUACUUAAGAUGAGCAACAUCAAUCUUCACAAUUAGGGUUUGAUCUUGCCUUACUAUUGUUGUAUCAAGACACAUGACCCAAUCUAUGCAUGGGUGUCAAAGUGAUGGGGCCACGUACUUUCAGUUAGGGUACUUUUUGAUACUAGUACUUGCAAAUUAGAUUUUAGUAGAUGGCCCUGAACAAUAAUAAUGUCCUUAAAUUCUAUAACAAAUUAUUUUGAGCAAAAAUUUGCUCUUUAUAUAUGCCUUGAGUCAUACUGGUCCUACCAUAACUUUGAUAGCUUUUAAUGGUUCCCAUGUGAAUCUGCCAUUAAAACCAAAGCCUAGUUGGCAUAGAUAAAAAGUAAUAAAAUCCAGCACAAGUUGUUUAAGUUGAGCUACUGUUGCUUGUGUGGGCCAGACUGACUGAGCUGUGAGGCCUGUGAGCCACUGACUCCACAUCUGAGAGUGCACUUAGACAUCGCACUGUGUGAUAGACACGUCCGGCAGCAUCCUGGGGCAGCUCCAGGGGCAGCCUCCAAGGGCAGCUCCUGGGGCAUGUUGGCACUCCUCCUCCACCUGUGUGUGUUGUUGUAAGGGAAGACACACUGAGGCGAUGGGGCUGUGAAAGCAGGGGGAUGACAGGAUUGGGCCGCUAAACCUGAAACAGCAGACCAAAACAUGGAACAGGAUAAUCUCUUGAGAAGCUGGGACGAUAAGACAUGUUCAUAACUUCCAAUGCCUUAUGUGUUUAACUAGUGGUGCAAAUCAGGACAAAAGUAUCAAACAUUCAUAGCACUAAAGCUUUUCUAAUGACUUAACUGUCUAGGGCCAUGUGUAUACUGCUAUCACACAAAGAACGGUUCUCAGAUAGGAAUUUUAUGAUGUCAUCAUUUCAGAUGGAGGGAGGGGCCUGUAUAAUUCUAUGGGGGAUUCACUCUUUACGAAAGAAAUAUCCAAAUGUAUGACCUACAAUUAACCUUAUCAUUUAGGAAAUGGCUCGUACUUGUCUUGGGUGAUGAGUAAUGGCACCACUUUCUGAAGAUACUGUUAGAUUUUCAUUUCACUCUCGUUCCUUUGUAACCUGGCUCACAGAUUAAUAUGUGUAGCACUCUUAACUGAGUUCUACACAUUUAUCAGUCUGGAAUGGUUCUCGCUGAGAGUGAAUGGGAAAAGGUGGAAAGACGUGAUGACUAUUUGAAUCUGAUUGGUUGAAGAGUCACAACAGCUGGCUUCUGCACAAACCUCAGUACUGCUCUGUGAUUGGUCUGCCGGCUGCUUGGCAAAUUUGAUCCUUACAGCGGGACUAUCUUAAGUUGGAUUCUCACAAAUAUCGUGAGAAUCCGUCUUGUUGUGCAAGGUUAACUCCUAUGUGCUGACAGAGAAGAUGUUGAACUUUGUAAGAAUCCGUCUUACAAAGUUCAACAUCUUAUCAAGCUUAUCCACAUGAAAUGAAAAUCUGACAGCUAAACAGCUAAUUCCACCAUAGAAUUCUGAGAUAUCCUUCAGCUCAGUUUAAAUGCUAGAGAUUCUAGAAUGUUAGAAUGGAACAAACUGCGUUCACGCGAUAUUACAAGGUGUGCAGGCAAAUCUACAUGUCUUCUUGUGUCAUCCUCAUUUUUCUAAACUCUGUGGUGCCAUCUGCUGUCAGGGAAACAUCACUUCAAGUGCCAGUCCUGAGGCCCACAUGCCCAGUUCAGGGCCCUCACCACAGAGUCAGGGACCCCUCACUGUACAGUACCAUGCAGUAUAGUCGAGGGCCCCUCACAGUGCAGUACAGUAAAGUCAGGAGUCAGGGGCCCCUCACAGUACAGACCAGGCCCCAAGCCUUGGCCCGUAUCACCAGCAUCAGCCUGCAGCCAGGCCAUAAGAACCACUCUACUAUUGAUCAUAUAUUUGCCUCCCUUUUUUUCACAUUUUUGUCAAAUUGGAUGUAAGUUUUUAUUAUUUUUUUCCCAUUGUAUUUUGUUUAGCAUUUUUAUUGUAGAGUGAGUUAGUGACUGACCAAAAAUCUAUGUCAAGAAGUGUUCCAUUGAUGGAUAAAUAUAUAAUAUAGAGAUGUAACUAUUUUAAGGGACCAGGGGGACACUUUCAGGCAAUAAGACGUCACUAUUCGACCAAUCUUAUACUGUAUUGUUUUAUCAUAAUUGAGUUUUUAGCCCAGCAUUUUUGAUGUGCCUGCAUCUUUCCAAAUCCAUUGUAAGUUUUUUCAGCUUAUUUACAGUUUUUUGUUGUGUUUAAUUUGCUAUUUAAUUUUAUCCAGACACAUUCAGUCAUGCUCACUGAUGUCGAUCACUGGGUACUUUUGUUGAAAAUAAAAUAUAUGUGGGGAAAUAUGGUUAUGGUUGAAAAAUAAAUUAUUUUCUC